UGGUUUGAAAUGUUUCAAAAUAUGUUAUGAAUUAGUGUUUAAUUUGCUAACAAUAGUUAUAUAGAAUAGAUUUCCUUGUGAAGGAUUUCCCAUAUCUGUCAUAGCCAUUUCCGUAGCGUUGGUUCCACUGUGGCCAUAGCCACAGCCAUGCACGGACGGGAUACUUGCUACACAGUUCGGUUGUUUACACACAAGCAUGCCGCUGUGUCAUUAGCUCAGUCGGAGAUUGUUUCCUCGACCGCCGCCGAGAUUUGUUUACCGAUUUCUCCAUAUGUUCCCGUACUCCCACACAGACACAGCGAUUCCGGUUCCCUUGCGCUGAGGCCAUGGCGAUUGCUGUUGCUCGUGGCCAAUGCGAGCGGUCCGUUCCGGUGGGCGGAGUCAGCGGCCAGCCGAUGCGGCAUCUCUUUUUCGCGCCCGAGGAAUGUGGGUCUAAUUGGCGUGGAACUGGCGUGGAACUGGCGUGGAAGUGAGCGAUCUCCGCGAACUCCACCUGUAACGCCGGUCGAUAGUGUGGGUAGCCGUGCCGGGGGCCGUAAAUCUAACCGCAUUCCCAAACGAAAACCAACAAUCGGAACACGAAUUCAAUGUUAUCAGGAUGAGAAACUAAAGUGAGAUUGUGGAAUUGCGAAUCGAAACUCGUGCUAUUAAUAGGAAUCUUGCCGUGACUGUCUUUAAAUAGCAUACUUUCUGGCAGCAAAUACCCACCCCAGAACAUGGAUUUGGUGCCAAAAAACCCUAGCACCACAGGCAAACAAGUUGACCCCAAAAAACGGAUAUGCAAAUGCAACUUUGGGAAAUGAAAGGCGAAAACAGGCUGCCAGUGUGACACUUUAUAUCCCCUACAAAGCAAAAAAAGGGAAUUUAUAUUAACUACCUAGAUGUUUUUUCUAAUUUAAACUAAGUGUUGUGUUGUUACUUCUUCUUUCUCUCGACAAAUAUGCAGCCUUUAUUACGGGAAAUUGAGAAUAGUUUUAUGAAACUCUUUUCAAACUUUAAGACUAUAGCUUGAACUUCAGCUUUCACUUGGUGCCUGGCAUUGUAGCAUAAGAAACAAACCAUUUGGGGAAUAUCAUAGGGCAUGCCAUAAAUGAAAGAGAAACAAAGAAAACGCAAGCAAACUAUGUAACAGACACGAACACCACUUACUCCUGAAGGGAAACCGCAACCAAAACUUUGUGGGGCAACUCAAUUUGUUUUAGCCAAGAAUCAGUACGCUUCUUCCCCUCGAAUGGAGUCGUUCUCAACGUCUCCGUCUCCGUCUUCGACUUCGUCUGUUCCGUCGCCAUCGCUACAUUUCGCUGGUGGAAUGGACAGCCCGGACAUCUGUGAGCCACCGCAGGAGGAGGAGGAGGAGUUCAGCUUCCGUUACCCGAGCUACAUGUUCCCGGACGUGGAGUACGACAGGGGGGAUGUCCCACUGCCCUUCAAGGCUACGCCGGACUCGCUGUUCAAUCUCUGCGCCGCUAUCGUGGAUUCCCAGGCCCGCACGGAAGUCUUCAAGUGGAGCAUCAACGAUGUUACCGACUGGCUGCGCAACUUUGGUUACCCUGAAUACGAGCAAACGUUUCGGGAGAACUACAUUGACGGACACAAGCUUUUAAACUUGGACGCCGUAGCCCUGGUGGCACUUAACGUCCGGAACUUCGAGCACAUUCGGCACCUGGGCCGGGGAAUCCGAGCCCUCUACCGCCAGGAGCUGCAGACGGCCACGGAGACCAAGCAGCAGAGCGAGGUCUACAAGACAUUCCGAGCCCGCACCGGCCGGAGGUACGAGGGACUGCGGGAGACCGAGCUGCUGGGCCGCAUGCACAUGAUUCGUUCGGUUUUCCGGGACGUCAACGACUGGGACCUGAUGGAGCUGCACAUGUCCAGGACUCCAGUGAGGCGGUACCGCGAGGUCGUUGCUGGCUCCAGGCGGUUCAAUCUCUACGGGCCAUCGACGGCGCGUAGGGAGCCCAUAUUAACGGAUGAUGUUGAUUCCUCACCAUGGUUCAAUUUCGGCGAUUGCUACUAGUUGUUUUGUUGACGUUCGUGAUUUGAAUACGGUUUAGGACACCCUUGCAGAGGGUAUUGCACUUUACCCCAAAUUUUAGACUAAAGUGGCGCUGCGUAGGCUAGAAUCUGCAUGUUAGUUUCCAAGUCUCUAGCUCUUAAAGUAUCCGCAUCUGGACGUUCAUACGGAACAGGCUUAUGACCCUGAUCAAGAGCAAAAUACCCACAUACUAGCUUGAAAAUAUCUGAAGGCUUACAGAAACCAUCCACCGAAGACUUGUGGGCCUCAGUGGAUAGCUCGCUCGUUGGUCAUUG